GCCAACCGGGACGGACCGGGCUGUUCUGCGCGCUUCCUGGUGUCACCCGCAGAGGGCGCCGGCCGUCGAGCCGCCUGCAGAGUAGCGAGGCCGGAAGGAGCGCGGCGUCGCCCCGUUCGCCCCAGCAGCCGCCAUGAAAGCCGUGGUGCAGCGCGUCACCCGGGCCAGCGUCACAGUUGGAGGAGAGCAAAUAAGUGCUAUUGGACGGGGCAUCUGUGUGUUGCUGGGUAUUUCUCUGGAAGAUACACAAAAGGAAGUGGAACACAUGGUCAGAAAGAUUUUGAACCUGCGUGUGUUUGAGGAUGAGAGUGGGAAACACUGGUCAAAGAGUGUGAUGGACAAACAGUACGAGGUGCUCUGCAUCAGCCAGUUCACCCUCCAGUGCGUCCUCAAGGGCAACAAGCCUGACUUUCAUCUGGCAAUGCCCACAGAGCAGGCAGAGAGCUUCUACAACAGCUUCCUGGAGCAGCUGCGGAAGACAUACAGGCCGGAGCUCAUCAAAGAUGGCAAGUUUGGUGCCUACAUGCAAGUCCACAUUCAGAAUGAUGGACCUGUGACCAUAGAAUUGGAGUCCCCGGCUCUUGGCGCUGCUACCUCUGACCCGAAGCAGCUGUCAAAGCUUGAAAAACAGCAGCAGAGGAAAGAAAAGACCAGAGCCAAGGGGCCUUCUGAAUCAAGCAAAGAGAGAAAUGCCCCCCGAAAAGAAGACCGCAGUGCCAGCAGUGGGGCGGAGGGCGACGUGUCUUCUGAGCGGGAGCCAUAGACUUAGGGAUGGAACUCAGUGCAUUAUCAUUGGGUGGAACUGGAUCCUGAAAAAUUCAUGAAAGAUGCUGUGUACCUUCUCUGCUUUAAGAAUUUGGAACUGAAUCAUGAAAAGGAAGACAGAAAUAAGAAAUUGGGACCCUGAGUAGCCCUGCAGAAACAAAGCAGAACAAAACAAAACACCACCACCAAAGGAAUGAUACCAUUUUCUGUUGUUGCUAUGGUCUUAGUGAAAGUGGGUGCUGGCGGUGUGGGGGCGUGCACCCUGUGCACAUGGCAGCAGGGCCUAUCCCCAUGCUCUCUCCGUGCAAAGACUUUGCUGGUUCCUGUGAUUUCUUGGCUUGCUUUUGAAACAGGCUGGCCCCACAUCAUUUGUCAUAGAGUCCUCCUUUUACAUGUGUCCAUGAUGGGUCUCCACUGCAUUCAUGCUGUCCAUGUUCUUCCCAACACGGGCUAAGCCAAGGCACCGGUUAAGGUGUAAAGAGAGCAAACAUUGGUGAUAAUGUAUUGUGUAAGACCUUUGCAUCUUGUAAAUUUUCUCAUUUUUCUAAAAAGAAAUAAUAAAAUCCUAAACCCCAAUAAACCACUUUAUUAUUAAACAAA